GAGGCUUGCUCGACACGGACUCGCCGUGUUUACUUGGCUCUUUGUUCCUCCCCCCUCCCCCGGCACACACUCACACUCCCCGGCACACGCCGCCGGCCUCCAAACUUGCCGCGCUCGGGGCGCCGCCGCCGGUGGCCCCAGCCCGCCGCCCGCCGCUGCCCCGAUGAGGCGGCAGCCACAGAACGGCGACCUCCAGAAGCAGUUCCACGACAGGCCUCCGCGGAUCGCAGCGCUGAGCGACAAACAAGCUUUGGGAACCACCACUGCAGUGCCUGUCACGGGUCCUCAGGUGAGCUCCUUGCAGAGGUUGGCGGGGCAAGGAGCAGCAGAGCUACCUCAGGUUAGGCCAAAGACUCUGAUUCCAGACAGCCUCCCUGUCACCCCAGGCCGGGACAGGCCCCCUAAACAGCCCCCAACAUUCCAGAAGGCCACUGUGGUCAGUAUCAAGAACCCCAGCCCAGCCCUCCCCACCGCCAACAACACUGUCAGCCAUGUGCCAGCACCCAGCAGCCAGCCCCAGGCCCGCGCCGAGCCCGCCACUGUCACCUCUCCUCUGAGCAGCGCCGGCGUGGCCUACGCCAUAAUCUCCACCUCCCCCAGCAAUGCCGCCGCCAUCGCCCCCAGCACCGCCGUGUCCGUGGUCAGCGACAGCGUCAAAGUCCAGCCCCUCCUCAUCAGUGCCGACAACAAGGUUAUCAUCAUUCAGCCUCAAGUGCAGACGCAGCCCGAGAGCUCGGGGGAGCCGCGGCCGCCCACGGAGGAGCCAUCUCAGGGAGCUCAGGCCACCAAAAAGAAGGAAGAUGGGCCUCCGGGCCAGGAGAAUCCUGAGAAAAUCGCCUUCAUGGUAGCACUGGGCCUGGUUACGACAGAGCACUUGGAAGAAAUCCAGAGCAAACGCCAAGAGCGGAAGAGGAGGAGCACCGCCAACCCCGCGUACAGCGGCCUCCUGGAGACCGAGAGGAAACGGUUGGCAGCUGGGUCCAGCUCUCUCAACAACUCCCUGUUCCUCACAGCAAGAGCCAAUGAGGACCCCUGCUGGAAGGGUGAAGCCACCCAUGAUGAGCACUGUGCCGUCUGCAGACGUGGCGCCAAUCUGCAGCCCUGCAGCACCUGCCCUGGGGCCUACCACCUCAGCUGCCUGGACCCGCCCCUCAAGACGGCACCCAAGGGCAUGUGGGUGUGUCCCCGGUGUCAGCAGAAGGCCUUAAAGAAGGACGACAGCGUGCCCUGGACUGGUGUGCUGGCCAUUGUGCACUCAUACGUCACCCACAAGACAGUCAAAGAAGAGGAGAAGCAGAAACUGCUGCACCGAGGUAGCCAGCUGCACAGUGAGCACCAGCAGCUGGAGGAGAGGGACCGGCGCCUGGCCUUGGCCAUGAAGAAAUGCCUGGAGCUGAAGACAAGCUUGCUGGCCCGGCGCAGGGGCACCCAGUCGUCCCUGGACCGCCUCCGCGCCCUGCUCAGACUGAUCCGAGGCGAGCAGGUGCUGCAGCUCACCGUGACGCGGACCGGCCCCGCCCCGCCGCUGGCGGGGCCCUGGGCCAAGGCCCCCGCGGCAGCCGUGCGCUCCGCCCUCCAGCACCCUCAGGGGCACAACUGAGCCCGGGGACCUGGCCUCGCGCCCGCGGGACGUCCCCGGGAGCCUGCUCACGCGCCUGGGGUCCCAUCGGCCUUAAUUCACAGCACUCUGAAGUUCAGACAUGUAAACUAGACAGACGGAGGGGGAGG